CAGAGCAUUUCAUUCUAUCACAAGAACAAGGUAGAAGAAGAAGAAGAACCCUGUAACCUUCUUCGCUCUUUCUAUUAUCUUCCGAGGAUUUUCUAUUGCUUUUCACCAUUUUCUGUUAAGCAAAACUGCGUAAUUUAGGAGCCAAAUUCUGAUCAGUGAACGGUGAGUUUUGAGGAUCUGCUACUUUGGUGUAUUUUAGAAGAGGAUUUUGACGGAACUUGUCAGAAUCUCAUUGUUAAUUCUCAAGUGAAUUCUGCUCUGAAAACUUCAUUCUGAUAUUUAAAGAUACAUUUUUCUGGAAAAAUUGGCUAAUUAUGAAACUCUGAACUCUUUUGCCAGAUUACAGAGACGAUGGUGCCUUGUCUGAGUUUGUACUUGUGGCCGUGGUCGCAGAUCGAAGCUCUGAAAUGUCAUUAUUAGUAUGAUUUUAAGAUUUGAUUUGCAUUUUUGCAAAGGUUCAGAAGUGGAAUCAGCGAGCUUUUUUUUUUGUGUGUGUAUCUCGGAGCGCCGGUUUUUGCGGAAUCGGAUUAGUUUAGGUUAGAAACUAUUUAGUGAAAUCAGCGAGUUGAUUCUCAUCGCAAUCAAGCUGUAGCUGUUAAUCCGAUUUUGAUGUUCAUUCCUGGUGGCUGUGGUUCAUAGUUGUGACGCUGCAUCUGAUUUCUCUCUACCUCUUCAUUUCUUGCCGGAAAUAAAAAAAACUGUCUCCUUUUCUUUUGGUUGCUGUUGUGGCAGAAGGAAUUGAUCGCUAACAACGUGCAUGUUUUCGGCAACAGGGAGAGAUGGAUAAAGAGUCACAUAACAACCAUGGCAAUAGCAACAAAAUUCCUAGCGUUAGAGAUAGAGACAAAACCGGAGGAGGAGGAGGAGGAGGAGGGGAUGGGUCCUUAUUAUUGAGGGCUAGUUCCGAUACCAUCAGACAAUCAGCAACGUCAGAUUUGGUUCUGCAGUGGGGGAACCGGAAGCGACUAAGGUGCAUGAAGGUGGUUAGAACCGAUAAGGACAAAGACGACUCUUCCAACCCGGUUCAGAGGACAACGGUUCGGGUGGAUCGACGGGUAGUUAGAACCGAUAAGGAUUCUUCAAAUCGGCCCACUUCUAUUACUAACAACAAUAACAAUAACAAUUAUAAUAAUCAUAAUCAGAGUAACGGGUAUCCGAAUCUCCGCCAACGCCCCACUUCGCCGCACCAACCUCCUCAACGGAUUCUCAGGAAUUUGGAGACUUCAAGUGCUAUGAGAGGAGGCCAAAGCAACGGGAGUGUUAGGGGAAUUGCCUCACCUGACAGGGGUGCGCAUGAUAAGAGGGGGGCCCAUAACAACCACCUUAAUGAAAAUAAUAAUAAGUCUGCGGCCUCAUCAGAUACCGCGCACGAUAGCAAGAAGAGUGGGUCGCCGUCAGGCAGUGGGGAUGCGGCUCCGCCUGUGUGGCCACCCAAGUUCGUGAUUGCCUUGACCAACAAGGAGAAGGAAGAAGAUUUUCUGGCCAUAAAGGGGUCAAAGCUGCCUCAGAGACCCAAGAAGAGAGCAAAACUCAUACAGCGCACCCUCAAUCUUGUAAGUCCAGGUACAUGGCUAUGCGAUCUUACCCUGGAGCGAUAUGAAGUUAGGGAGAAGAAGAUAUCCAAAAAGAGACCAAGAGGGUUAAAAGCAAUGGGCAACAUGGACUCUGACUCUGAUUAGAAGCAAGGCAAGGAGGAAAGUUGCUUUAUGUUGGCUAAGGAUGUAAGAAAUGUUGGGAUAGUAUAAAACAUGGCAUUGCAUCGCAUCCCAACGUUCCAAGAAAUCGAAAUCAAAUAUAAAUUACUUUUGCUUUGACCGUGUUUUUCUCACCUUAAUGUUCAUUUUUGUGCUGGAAAAUGUCAAUCCACAAUUAUGAAAGAUAAGGGGCCCAUUUUCAGCUGAAUGAUGGGCUUCAAGCCAUUGUUGUUGGAUUUACCUCUUAAUCGACGACUAAAAUAAGAUCCAGGAGAGAGAAAAAUUGACAUCUUAAGAAAAUAUAGCAUUGAUAAAAGAAAAAAUUGAAGGAAAAAAAAAAGGUUGAAUUGAGGGAACAUUGAUCAGAUUGUCA